UACACCUCUUAACCCCAAGUUGUAAUAGGAUCAAGGUCUACUUGUCGAAACAGAGUAGCGCGUGGUGCCGAAGUCCAUUGUUCGGAGAAGCAUUCAUCACCGGAAAUGCCGCCCCUUUGGGUACGUCAGUUGAACAACACACGAGAUCCUCGAAUAAAAAGUGACAGAAACGUUGAUUGGCGACUAUUUUGUCCAAUCCGUAAACGGGAUAAUGCAGCUAUGGCGACUGUGCACUGGUUGCUGAUUUGCAACCCGCCGAAAUAGCAGUGAAGAAGAAGGAGACCAUCGCCCGUUUCGCCAUGGACUGUUCUAGGAUCAGUGUAGUAGAAAAACAACAUUAACCGUAGAGCGGUGCAUCAUAGCCGAGGGGAAAAGAACCACAUAAUAUCUGAUAGGAAUGUAAUGGGACCCUUGAGUGAAACACUAUCUAAAAAUCAGCACACCAAAUGUCAACUCUCCCAUAGUGGGGUGCUAGUUCAGUCAGUUCAAGAAAACCGCCGACCACAGUUUAAGUAAUGGAGCACAAUCCCGGCAUCCAUAUGUCCUCCAUCCCCACCACAAACAGCAUAGUCCAGGUGUCAGUGGCUGACGGCAUGCCCGUUGGCAUAUACCAGCCUCAGAACCAAGGCCAGAGUGCAGGGCACAGCGCGUUGGCACCAGCGGUGGUCAUGCAAGCCUUGGCACAGGUGGCACAGGACGGGCACCCACAGGUGGUAGUGGCCCCUCCCAUGGAGGGUGUGGUGGAUGUUCAGAACGAGCCCGGCAGAGUGGCCAUCCCGGUGCACGAGCUGCCCUUUGCGGAGGUGGCCUCGCUGUUGGACCCCAACAUGAAGAGCUCCAAGGCACGCAAGUACCAGAUCUACUACGACGAGGUGAAGCGACGGCUGGAGCCGCCCGAGAAGAUGUCGCUGCGCUCCUUGGCGGCCUACACCCGGGUCAGCCGAGGGCCGGCCAGCAAGCGGACGCUGCUGGAAUCGCUUAACGUGCUGGGGCUGUCGCCGAGCACCAACACAGCCGUGUCUAGCUCCUUCUCCAAACUCACUGAAGGAGACACCGCAGCACUGUGUAAAGACAUGAAAGAUUUUGCGUUCCAGUACGUGGACUAUGAGAACAUGGCCAAACAACUGAUGCCGGAAUCCAACCAUGUACAGCACUGGUCAAAGAUCAUCGAGACAAGGAAUUACCUGGAGGAGAUGAGGAAGUGUUUCCACGAUCCGGCCAACAGCAAGUCCUUCGCCAACGCUACGCACGGCCUGGGCACGGGAAUGCUGGACGUAGCUCUGGACAUGGUGGACAGCGUCAUUGAGCGGCAGAUCCGCAUCCUUUCAGGCAACGCGGAGCCCAAGUCCGAGACGACAGUUCAGAAGGCACGCAAGCGUAUGAGGAAGCCACGCGUGCCCAAGGACAACAGCAAACACCCCCGCGAGGGCAAAUCUCGAGGUAGGGGCGGCAAAAGCAAGGCCGGCCCCAGUGCCAACGCGGCCACAGCCAUGGCCGACGCCGACGCCCAGAACAGGAAACAGAUCCAAUUGGACCCUGCCACUGCCACGGAGAGCCAGGAGCCCGCCUCCAUGGAGAGUAGCGUCCUCACUCUGGUCUCCGUGGGUUACGAAACCAUCUCCAGCGGCCUAGGUGCCACAACAAGCCUCGCGUAGCGUAGCCACCAAGAUGCCAACUCACAAGGACACUAAGCCUAGUGCCCAAACCCAGACCUUAGGUGUUGCUGUUGUUGUGGGUAGAUUUAAGGUUAGUUUGACAUUGCUGUAGGCAGGAAUAAAAAUUAGCACCAGCCAAAUGCCGACAUAUCAAACUGGCUAUAAAGAUUUUGAUAAAGAUUGAGUGGCUGGUGAAUUGUAUCAUUUAUUUGUCAGUGGCUGGUAGAUGUUCACGUUUUAAAUGAUCAAUUACACAAUCAGAAAGAACUACUUCCUCACAACAAAAUGUUUGUUGUGUGAAGCACUGUGAUGGUUUGGAAUGCACUGCUUACAACUUGUCUGAAGCACUGUUUUAUUUUCUGUUUUGUUUUGGAUUUGGAAAAAAACCCUCUGAAUUAAUUUUAGAACUCUUGGUGUCCAUCAUGGGAUUUUCAUUUUGUGUUCUAGGAUUCAAACAUGAUUUUAUGUUGAAAAUGAGUUGUGUUGACCUAUAUCAAGGGGGGUGUGACUGACUGACUGUAAUGUACAUAUGUGUUAAAAGACAACAGGACAACUUGAAGACUUGUAUUAAAUGCUUUAAUGUUUUUUAUAUAUAUAUGUUUUAUUCUUUGUGCUUAUUCUAAACACUAAAGUGAAGUGGUUUAGAC